AAUUUUAAAAGUCCCCACGAAACGUACGAGCUGAUUUGAAAGAGAAGCGGCUGUAGAGCAUUUGUUUUGCUUGCUAGAUAGAAUAGCAGGUGCUCGCUCGCUUUAUCUUUUAUAUUUGUGCUCGCUGCUUCUUCUGCUGCCAACAUUGUUACUUCUCCAACUUUUUGCAAAACGUUCAGUUACACUAGUGGUGAAGCACUCCCUCCACCUGCUUAAAGAAGAAUGAGGUUGAAAAUGGAUUGUCCUCAUCAAGAUGUGUUGCAUUUAAUCAAAUACUUUCGAAAAGAGUGGCCUGUUGUGUCUGAUUCUGAGAGAACAACAAUAUGUGGCGCAGACAAUAUGCUUCUGACUUUACAGUUGGCUCUUGCCGAGGUUAAUAAACAGAAUGGCAAAGAAUUUUCUGUAUCUCUUAGUGAUGUGCUGCUAACAUGGAAAUAUUUGGUAAAACAUAAGCUUGGCCUUGCUUGUGAAGACACAGUGGUUCCAAAGGAUUAUGCAGAUAUCCAGAAGACCUAUGAUCUGUUCCUGAAAAACAGUAAUUCAUUGGAUUUAAUUGAUAUUUAUGAAAAGAUCUCAACAGCCGGUUCCAGUGAGGCACAUUUCUUAUCCUCAGAACAGCUGUUAGACUUUCUCACCAAUGACGUAUGCUUGUCAGAAGGUACAGAUUUUCCAAUAGUAUCAACUCCCUGUAAAAAUAACCUGGAUACUGUGAAGGUAAAACCAACAUUGAAAAGGAUAUUUCUUGCUUAUUUAAAUUUACUGGUAAACGCUAAAAAUGAUUUUGCCUUGGCACAAGUACUUAAUUGCCCAGAAAGGGGAUUAGGAAGAGAAGCAUUUACUGACCUGAAACACACCUCAAGGUUGAAGAAUAUGUCCAUUUUCUUGGUGGCUACAUCUUUCAUAAGAACUAUUGAGCUUGGAGGUAAAGGUUAUGCGCCAUCGGAGUCUGAUCCCUUACGGAAACACUUAAAAGGACUUUCUCUUUUUGUUCACUUUAUUGAUAGACUUAAUGAAAUUUUUGGAGAGACACAUGAUCCAAGAACUGCAGGGGAGCUGUUACUGUCAACAAUCAAGAUGCAUCUCAUAAAAGGAAGAGGCAGCGGGGAUCCACUUAGUGAGGCAGCAACCGAAGUUGCACAAGACCUGGAUCUGAGGAUUAAAUACCUUAUUAAUUUAGUUAGUGAGGACAAAUCUAGUGGCACCACAGGCAUCAGCCCAGUACGGCCUAAAAUUCGGGCCAUAAACCGUGGCACUGCUUCAGGUGGUAGGGAAACAAUAAAAACUCUGUUAAAACUUUUGGAUGAAGAAGCUGCAAAUCCUCCUAGCAAAAACAAAGCAGAUCUUCUUUGUGCUGAUGAAGAAAAUACCCUUUUUGGAGCUUUCUCUCUCUUUACCCUAUUUAGGUCUCCUGAACAGACUGGAUCUUCCCCCAAAGCUCUAAGUCAACGUGUGCAGAAAGCUAUAAACAAAGAUAAACCAAAGUUGAAACAUAACCUAAUCCGAUCACAAUUUGCCUGCACCUAUAAAGACAGUAACUUGACUCAAACAAAACAAUGGGAUUUUCCAAGUAUGAGCCAAGUGCCAAGUUGUAUUCAUCCAGCACCAAAAAUUGUUCCAGUACUCUGUUUUGAUGAGGAGCCAUUAGAAAAUGACUUGCAAAAAGGACUUAAACAGAGUUCUGGAAAUAUUGACCUCAAAACUGCUGAGCAAGUAAAGAACAAACCAUGCAAAAAUGUGGGGAACAAAAGGUCAAAGAGGAAGCAAGUGGACAUACAGAGUGAAACCACAAAUGGACAGGAGAAUGAACCCCCACAAAAGAAAGCAGUAGUUGAGCUAACAUCCUCAAAGGCAAAUAAACAGGGUGUAUCUAGAAACAAAGCAUCAAAGAACAAACUAAUUACUGGACAAGCCAAAUUAACCAGCUUCUUCAGGGUCUAAAUUUCUGGUUGUAACCCCUCCAACAAACUAAGUUAUGUAAUUUUAGUGAGUUGUGCAGUUAUUUUGUAUUCUAGGCUGCUGAGGUUCAAUGAAAUAUGUAGGUAAUAUUUCUAUGGCAGAGGCUUCUCUGUUUCAUUUCUCUGAACACUGGGGCCUUUAAGUAAGGAGCAAUUUACCUCUCCUGCACCGAAUUAUAAUUUGUUCUUCAGGAAACCUUGCUUUGUCUAGUGUGAAGGGGAUUAUCUGAUGCAAGCCUCAUACUCUUGACAAGGGUACUUGGGAAAAUGUACUCUGCCAGAUGAAAGACCAUUCUUUCCUACACAGCCCUGUAGUGUCCUGGAGCAAAAUGAUUGCAAAAUGCUUAAUCUGAGUACGUUAAUUUUGGUGGCGGGGUUAUGCUUUUAUAGCUUCUGUGUUUGCAGUUGGGCAUAGUAUAGAAUGUAUAUGUUUUUAUAGCACAGGAUAUGCCCCUUGAUUUAUUUUAUUUGUAAAUAUUUUUACUACUAGUUAUGGUUGCACAUUUUUAUUUAUUUUAAUAAAAUUACACCACAAA